GCGUCGCCGCUCCUACUCGCGCUCGCCCUCCCGGUCGCUCUCUCAUUCACCAGUCCGAGGAGCAACUCGCCAAGUUUCGCGCGGUCGUUCGCACUCUGCUAGCCCUCGCAGGCGUUCUGGAGGCGCAAAGAGGGGGAGGAGCAUUAGCCGCUCGCGCUCAGACUCGCGGUCUUUGUCUCCCUCAGCAGAGCGUUCACUGAGCCCAGCGCGUCGACGAGGACCGAGGUCUGCGUCGCCUCCACCAAAGAGACGACGCGAAUACAGGGAUUCGAGGUCGCCGUCACCACCGCCGUCGAAGAGGGGUCGGAGGUAUAGCUAGAUAAAGAUUUUGUGUUAUAUGUACAAGGUGCAAGUGGAGAUUGUUUCGAGUAGACGGGAGAUGGGUGGACACAGGGAAGGAAAGCAUAUGAAACAGAAGGCUGGAUGGCUCAAUCAAUUCUAUUAUACCCCAACCCAACUAUUAUUGUAUUGCAGGCCAAGCAAGCAACGAUGGCACAUCGCAUCGUGAACAAUUUCGCUUCCCAUGAGACGGCAGUUAGCCUCUCACCUCCCUCCCUCUCUCUCUCUCUCUCUCUCUCUACCUAGGAAAUUCAUUGAGCCCAACUUGGGUUCGGGUCGUCGUGUCAGACGCCCAAACGCCUUACACGAAGUACAGAGCAUGUCACCUCCGUCCGCAUAACCCCCCGAGAGCUCGAGCAUCCACAGCUAGCUCGCAGUUUGGAUUAAUCAUCACGCAGCACUACUCACUGUACUCUAGGGCUGUAGUGCGGUGUACAAGCGGGACUGUGGACUGGAUUUGGAUAUGGAAGCACACAUUCAGGGAAGAGAAAGAAGUGGUAAGGCCGUACUUCGGGAUUGAUGGACGGCUUAUGAUCAUCGGAUAUUGUUUCCGCCAGAUAUCCAAUAUCCACAACCAACAACCAACGUGGAGUGGCGCCACAAUUUUGUCAUCUAUUUUCAUUAACCAAGAGUGGCUUGAGACGACAUUUACAUAACUUACAAAGCGUUACGCUCACGCCUGGUUGCUGUUGACACCCCUACCGAUAUGCGGAUCGUUGGACCUCUCGGGGGGGUGUGCGCAUAGACUGCCACAUGAGUUAUCCUUCCUUCCAUGCACCCCCCCCCGCUACUACGCGUUCCAUGCAUACAUCAGAGUCUUGGCGUUUAUAGGAUCGAACCAAAGGGUCCUCCGCUCGUCAGCAGUUUCGGGUUGAGCUGUAUCCCCGAAAAUCUCACUUCUCCACUGUUGUAUGUACUGUUACUGUUGCUGUGGGCGAGAGAGCUCUCCCUCUCGUUAUCAGCAAACCCAUCUCGUGUGUAAGUGGCGCAACCUCCUCAUAUCAUCAAAGUAGAGAGAAGAGUGUCUUCCUACAUACAGCCUCGUUCUUCUCUUAUCCUCGCUCCUCCUCCCCUGCUUUUAAUGCUUAAUUCAUAUUUACUUCGGUCCCCAGCAGUUACUACGCUGGCUGCAUAGCAUUCCCACUAAUCACUCCCGAUGAUGGAGGUGUGAUAGACACCUCCAACAACCCCAAUGAGGCGGCCAUCGGUCAUUGAAUCAUCUAGCCUCAAACCCUACCCCGAAUGGGAUAUACCUCGGACAAUCCGCCCCAAGAGCUCUCGGGGCUCUCUCUCAAGCCAAUGCUCCGCCGCAGAGCUGAGCUUACUCGACGACCUACUACAGACCCAUCCGGGUAGCUUGGGGGGGGGAGGCUUGGUCAUGGACGCGCCUAGAUGGGACUCUCUGAGAUCAACUCCGAACACACCUGCCAAACGAUCAUGGGAGGGAGGGGACGCCUCUCCGAGCUCCCACAGCGCUGGCCCAAGAUCUGGGGAAGGCCAACCGCCUUCGCACUUCCGCCAUCUCAGUGGACCGACACAUACCGUGCGGAGGUCGUCUGAUACAGCUGCCCAACAGGUUGGAUGGGAGACAAGCGCACAGACACAGGGUUGGACUGCGAAGCCAGAACUAGCCCGGUAUGGGACUGGCUUGGAGGAUAGCUAUGGGGCUGACCGACGGCAGCCUGUAGACUCUCGCGAUGCGCCUCUGGGCAGAUCCGAUCAUAAUGCGGCUCCAUUUCCGUCACAGCCUCCGUGGACAAAAUAUCGCCGCGAGAGCAGCGGCUCCAGCUUCCAAACAAAUUUCGAUCCUCCGUCUUCUAAUGAAACGAUGUACCAGGGAAGUCAAGAUACAAGGAGGUCAUCAUAUACGCUUGCUGCGGAUGAGUUGGGGGCCGCAGAUCCCCGCCGUGGGUCUUCGUCGGCAAAGGUCUCACUUUUUGAACAAAACUGCGAGAGAUGCAAUUUGUUCAGACCUCAAAUAAAGCAAUUUAUUUCUAUGGCACAGAAAUUUGAAACGUCACUUGGGCCGUUCGGACCAUACCAGGAAAUUCAUGAACAUUGUCUCAGACAAGGGACGGUGCACGAUGAGGUUCCGAAUUUCCCUGAAAUACAUCGCAUCCUUGGCCUACUAAAUGAGGUAAACGACCUUGCCAAAAAUGUAGUCCAGCUUGGACCGGUAUACUUGGUAAAGGUCAAGGAAGAUCAUCAGCACAAACUGUUAGAAAACAUCAAACUCGAAUACAACCCUCCGACAUUGGAACGAUAUUUCUCGUCGGAAUCUGACGAUGCCUCGAAAAGGCGUCGGCUGGGAUCUAUGAAUACGCGAGGGAUGGAACGCCAGUCUACGCAUCAGGGUCGGGCAGGGGAUGCACGUCGACACUUGUCGGCAAGUCCAUCCACCGAUAGGUUACCGCCGAUAUACUUCAGUUCGACAUCCCACAUGGCACCGGAAUCCUCGGGAUUCAAGCUCCCCCCAAUGAAUCCGCCGCCGGCUCGUGGGAGGCACAUUACAUCGCCACAGAGACCACAUAACUCACCGCCCUCAUAUAAUAUGUCAUCACCUGACCCAUCCUCCUUUCCACCAUCUUCUUCGGCAAAUAAGCCCCCCCAACUAUCUCAUCAGUCAUUAUCACCUCCGCAGUCAUCGUCAUUUAGCUCAGGGGCGAUAGGCGGCGCAGUUCCGCCUGCUGUGGCCACUCAUACAGCGACUCUUCAGCACGAAGUUUCCGUGAAAUCCAACACCCUCCAAACACUCCAGCAAGGGCACGACAAGUUACUCGCCGCAUUAUCACGAUCGCAAACUCGUUCCCGCGCACUGGAAGAGAAGCAGGUCGUUUCCGACAACGAAGUCAACGUCCUUUCCGAAGACAGGAAUCGACUAAUGGAUCGAAUCGCAGAGCUCGAAAAGGAGGUCUCGGAGGUCAGCGAGGCGAGAGAUGAAUACCGUAAUGCGGGCGUCAAGGAGGGGAAGCAAUAUGUCGAGAUUGUGACAAUGGCGAGUCGCUUGGAACUCAUGGCGGCCGAGGAGCGGAAAAUUAUGGCGGCGGGUCUGGCGGAGAAAGAGAGGCAAUUAAUGCAGAGAGCAGAGCUGGGUAUGAUAGCUGGCGGGUCCGUGGCACAGCAUCCUGCUUCAAGACACUCGGAUGAGGUUAUUGUCCAGCUCAAUGGUAAGUGCGCCAAGUACGAAGCGGCGCUGAAGGAUAUUAGGCGGAAGAGGCGGCGGAUUGAUGAUAUUGUCGCCGAGCUGGGGUCGGCUGGUUCUGAUAUCUCCCAGUCUUUGAACGGCGUCCUGGGUGACGAAUUGGGGGAAAGUACAUAGUGGGUGUGGUGACACAAAACGUUAAAUCAACAAGUGGGGUAUGCAGUACGCCUGCAUCUUGGGCGUACUAGGCAGGGUGGAAUUAUCAGAUUUGAUACCAUCGCACAGGUUAUCUGUGUUUGUUGAUAGCAUAACUGCAAGGAAAGGGCAGCUUGACCUAAAAUAAAUGUAAAUAACCAUCACAUGGAGGCUCAAACACGUUCUGAAUGCGCCCAUAAUCAAACCCAAAACCAAGGCAGUCUAGGUGCCCUACUGAAUACCUAACCCGCUGCCAUCGUUUACCCACCUCAUGUCCCACAGUAGAAACCUCCAAUAUCUGCUCCCUCAUCCUCUCCACAAUCCUAACCCGCCCCCCCGAAUCCUCCAGCCUCCUCCUCCCUCGAUUCCGUAGCACUGCUCGGCGUGGGUGUUUCCUGAUGGCCCAUCUGUGUAGCCGGUUGAUAAUAUGGUCUUUGAGUCGGCGUCGAGGAAGAGGGCGCCGACGCGGAAGUUUGUCGAUUUGGGGAAGGGGGCGGGCUACUUGGAGGGCGUGGGACAUGGUGAGAUGGCGGGGUAGGGUGGGGUGGACGCAUUGGGAGGCUGACGGGGGUGGUUCAGCUUCGAAAUAAUGGCGACGAUCUAAUUUACAGUAUAAAGAUUCAAUUGGCAAUUAAUAUUUUCAAUGCCAUGGUUGGGCGAGUCGUUG